AUGCCGGACCAGAUAUCCGUGUCGGAAUUCGUGGCCGAGACUCAUGAGGACUACAAGGCGCCCACGGCCUCGAGCUUCACCACGCGCACGGCGCAGUGCCGGAACACCGUGGCGGCCAUCGAGGAGGCCUUGGACGUGGACCGGAUGGUUCUCUACAAAAUGAAGAAAUCCGUGAAAGCAAUAAAUAUCUCUGGGCUGGCGCACGUGGAGAACGAGGAGCAGUACACGCAGGCGCUGGAGAAGUUCGGGGGCAACUGCGUGUGCAGAGAUGACCCGGACCUGGGGAGCGCGUUCCUCAAGUUCUCAGUGUUUACCAAGGAGCUGACGGCGCUGUUCAAAAACCUGAUUCAGAACAUGAACAACAUAAUCUCCUUCCCUCUGGACAGUUUGCUGAAGGGGGACCUGAAAGGAGUGAAAGGGGAUUUGAAGAAGCCUUUUGAUAAAGCUUGGAAGGACUAUGAAACAAAAAUAACCAAGAUAGAAAAGGAGAAGAAGGAACACGCCAAGCUCCAUGGGAUGAUCCGCACGGAGAUCAGCGGGGCUGAGAUCGCCGAGGAGAUGGAGAAGGAGCGGCGCUACUUCCAGCUGCAGAUGUGCGAGUAUCUGCUGAAGGUCAAUGAAAUUAAGAUUAAAAAGGGAGUGGAUUUACUUCAGAAUCUGAUCAAGUAUUUUCACGCUCAAUGCAAUUUUUUCCAGGAUGGACUGAAAGCAGUUGAAAGCCUUAAACCUUCCAUUGAAACGCUUUCCACAGACCUUCACACAAUCAAACAGGCCCAGGACGAAGAGAGAAGGCAGUUGAUACAGCUCCGAGAUAUUCUGAAAUCGGCAUUACAGGUUGAACAGAAGGAGUCUAGGAGAGAUUUGCAAAUGCGCCAGAGCACAGCCUAUAGUUUACACCAGCCUCAGGGGAACAAGGAGCACGGCACAGAGCGCACCGGCAACCUCUAUAAGAAGAGUGACGGGAUCCGAAAAGUGUGGCAGAAAAGGAAGUGUUCGGUGAAAAACGGCUUUCUGACCAUAUCCCAUGGCACUGCUAACCGGCCUCCCGCAAAGCUUAACCUGUUAACCUGCCAAGUGAAAACCAACCCCGAGGAGAAGAAGUGUUUUGACCUAAUUUCACAUGACAGGACGUACCACUUUCAAGCCGAGGACGAACCGGAAUGUCAAAUAUGGAUGUCCGUGCUGCAAAACAGCAAAGAAGAAGCUCUAAACAACGCAUUUAAGGGAGAUGACAACACGGGGGAAAAUAACAUCGUCCAGGAGCUGACGAAGGAGAUCAUCUCGGAGGUCCAGGGCAUGACGGGCAACGACGUGUGCUGUGACUGCGGGGCGCCAGAUCCUACGUGGCUCUCCACCAACCUUGGCAUUCUGACCUGCAUCGAGUGUUCUGGGAUCCACAGAGAGCUGGGGGUCCACUACUCCAGGAUGCAAUCCCUGACGUUAGACGUGUUAGGAACGUCCGAACUGCUGCUUGCCAAGAAUAUCGGGAACGCAGGCUUCAAUGAAGUCAUGGAGUGCUGUCUCCCCGCUGAGGACUCAGUCAAACCAAACCCAGGCAGCGACAUGAACGCAAGAAAGGACUACAUCACUGCCAAGUACAUUGAGAGGAAAUACGCACGGAAAAAACACGCGGAUAAUGCGGCCAAACUUCACAGUCUUUGUGAAGCCGUGAAAUCAAGAGACAUUUUUGGAUUACUUCAAGCAUAUGCUGACGGUGUGGAUCUUACAGAAAAAAUCCCACUGGCCAAUGGACAUGAGCCGGAUGAGACUGCUCUCCAUCUUGCCGUCAGGUCUGUGGACCGGACUUCUCUCCACAUUGUAGACUUUUUAGUUCAGAACAGUGGGAACCUGGACAAACAAACGGGGAAGGGGAGCACAGCCCUGCACUACUGCUGCCUGACCGACAGUGCCGAGUGCCUGAAGCUGCUGCUGCGGGGCAAGGCCUCCAUUGGCAUUGCUAACGAGUCAGGAGAGACACCACUGGACAUCGCCAAGCGACUCAGGCACGAGCGCUGCGAGGAGCUGCUGAACCAGGCCUUGUCUGGGAGGUUUAAUUCUCACGUUCACGUGGAAUAUGAAUGGCGACUGCUCCACGAAGACCUGGAUGAAAGCGAUGAUGACAUGGACGAGAAGUUGCAGCCCAGCCCCAGUCGGCGAGAAGACCGGCCUGUCAGCUUCUACCAGCUGGGCCCCAGCCAGCUGCCGUCCAGCGCUGCAGCUCUGGCGAGAGACACCGGCAGCCUGGCCAAGGACAAGCAGAGGGGCUUCGUGCCCAGCCUCCUGCAGAACGAGACAUACGGUGCCAUCCUGAGUGGCAGCCCACCGCCCACCCAGCCUGCGGCCCCUGGCUCGGCCAGUGCCCCCCCACUCCCGCCGCGGAACGUUGCCAAAGCUCAGCCAGCCUCCUCCGCUAACGCCCCGUGGAAGACAAACUCUGUAAGCGUGGACAGUAUAAGCCGGCAGCGAUCUUCGUCAGAUCCGCCCGCUGUCCAUCCACCGCUGCCCCCUCUCCGCGUGACAUCUACCAACCCCCUGGCUCCCACGCCUCCCCCUCCGGUGGCCAAAACACCCAGUGUGAUCGAAGCCUUGAGCCAGCAGAGCAAGCCAGCCCAGCCCGGACUCCCGCCCAGCAAAGCCCCGCCACCCUUGCCGCCCCAGCCGCCUAGCCGCCUCCCCCAGAAGAAGCCUGCUACCGGGCCUGACAAGUCAAGCCCACUGAUUAACAAAGGCCAGCCGAGAGGACCUGCAGUGGACCUCUCUGGAACAGACACUCUGGGUCCUCUGUCCAAUGCCGUGGUCAUGCAGCCCCCCGCGCCUAUGCCCAGGAAGUCCCAGACGACCAAGCUGAAGCCCAAGCGGGUCAAAGCCCUGUACAACUGCGUGGCCGACAACCCCGAUGAGUUGACGUUCUCCGAGGGGGAUGUGAUCAUCGUGGAUGGCGAGGAGGACCAGGAGUGGUGGAUCGGCCACAUUGACGGAGAUCCGAGUCGCAAGGGAGCGUUUCCUGUGUCUUUUGUGCACUUUAUUGCUGACUGAAUCGCUACUGAAGAAAAACACUUUUAAAAGUCAUGUCCUGUUUCAUUUUUGGUACCAGUACUCUUGCCAGAUAACCUGUUUCAUGACUUGUAUCCACUUUCUCUGAUGCCACUGUUCUGCUUUAUAAACUCAAAAGGCAAUUUAUAUAUAUAUCAAUGAAUUGUUUUUAUAUUUUGUGUUUUUCAUGAAACAUUGCUAUACUUUUAUUAGGAAAAACUCAAUUUCCUAAGAGGUGAACUGAAAAGUGAUUUCUUUUUUUUUCUGAAAAGUGAUUUUAACUACAUAAUCAAGCCUGAAUCUACAGCAUUAGCUGAACCUCAAAAUAAGUUUUGAGUGUUGGGAAGAAAUGCGUCCUGCUUUUCUUGGCCCAUUUCUUUAGU